GCAGGUGGGGCUACAGGUAGCAGCUGAUGGAAACCGAAGCGUUUACUCGGAAUUUAGUAGAUACAAAGGGAUUUUGUUAAACCUGAGAUCCUGUGAGGAUUUAUUAUCGACCGAAGAACGCGAUUUUAACACGUGACUUUAUUAAUUAGUUUUUCUGUUGGAGUUUCUGUUACAAGACAAAAUAAAUUCUACAUUAAAUGUAGUUUUAUUGAAGUAAAAUUUGAUUUAUCUGCGUCCAAGGUAUAGUUGUGAUAGAUUUGUAGCGCAAAACGCAACAAAAUGUCGCUGAAACUACGGUUCUUUGCUACUUUCUGGUGUUUAACAGGUAUUUCGGCUUCAUAUGCGCAAGAAUGUGGUCGACCCCCGUUAAUGGAGAACAGGAUUGUGGGAGGGAUGGAUGCCUCAGACGGGGCUUGGCCGUGGCAGGUGGAUAUCCAGAAAGGCCGUGAUGGUCAUGUCUGUGGAGGCUCCAUCAUCACCGAGAACUGGGUCCUAUCAGCCGCACACUGUUUCCCCAAUCCAUCUGACUUGAGCUCCUACAUCAUCUACGUCGGCCGAUACCACCUGAACGGAUACAACCCGUACGAGUCGUCGCACCGUGUGAGCCGGGUGGUGAUCCCGUACGACUACGACGAGCCGCACAGUGGGAAAGAUGUGGCGCUGGUGCAGCUGUCCAGCCCGGUAACCUGGUCAGAUCGUGUCCGCCCCGUGUGCCUGCCCUCCUCUGGCACCUCAUUCCCAGAUGGCAUGAUGUGCUAUGUGACCGGCUGGGGGAACAUCCGGGAAGGCGUCCCUCUGUCAGGAACCGGGCCUCUGCAGGUAGUGCAGGUGCCAAUCAUCUCCCAGAGUUCAUGUCAGGAGAUGUACCAAACAGACCCGAAGGAGCAGGUGGACAUCCUGUAUGACAUGAUCUGUGCUGGAUUCCAGGAGGGCGGCAAGGACUCCUGCCAGGGGGAUUCAGGAGGGCCCCUCGUCUGCCAGAUGGUAAAUGGGACCUGGGUGCAGGCAGGGGUGGUGAGUUUUGGUCUGGGCUGUGGUAACAGAAACAAGCCAGGUGUGUAUGCCAGACUGACCAGCUACUCACGCUUCAUCAGAGACACGAUACCAGAGAUCCGACUGCACGGCCGAGCUAAUCAGAACUGGUGUAGUUGGUCCGUCAUGUCGGUCAGCGUCCUGUCCACGCUGCUGAUGCUGCUUCACAGAUGAGACGCUUUAAAAACUGGAUUUUAGGGAGGCAGAAUGUAAAACAGUCUGAAUGAAGGAGAUUGCUUGUGAAUGUCUGGCUCAAAGUGGUCCUGAAUAGUCCAAGUCUGUCACAUGCACAUCAAGCCAUAUCAAACCUAAAAUCCUAAUUUUUAAAACUGCAUUAUGAACUCUGAUUCAAAGUAGUUUUGAUAGGUUUGUAUUUUAAAUCAGAAUUAUGAACUAAAUAAAUCAUGUCUUUUUGUAUUUGAAAUAAAUUGUUAAUUUGA